CGGGCGGCGUGGAGGGCGGGCUGAGCGCAUGGAACGGCGCGGGCCGGGGGCCGCCGCGGCGAGGGGCCGCGCCAGGCCGGGAGGAGCCAGAGCAACAGAGUCCCAGAUAAGCACUGGCAGACCCGGUCUGUAGGGCUGCUCUAUCGCCAAUGAACUCCAUGAACCCCAUGAAACCUGCCCUGCCCCCUGCGCCACACGGUGAUGGUUCAUUUGCAUACGAGUCUGUGCCUUGGCAACAAAGCGCCACUCAGCCGGCUGGGUCGCUAUCCGUGGUCACUACCGUGUGGGGAGUCGGCAACGCAACACAGAGCCAGGUUCUGGGGAACCCCAUGGGCCCUGCAGGAAGCCCCCCUGGUGGCUCCAUGAUGCCUGGUGUGGCAGGUGGCAGCUCCGCCUUGACCUCCCCGCAGUGCCUGGGACAGCAGGCGUUUGCUGAAGGUGGUGCUAGCAAGGGCUACGUGCAGCAAAGUGUGUAUGGCCGUGGGGGCUACCCCGGGGGCCCCAGCUUCACCACCGGAUAUGCAGGUGGCCCAGGGGGACUGGGUCUCCCCUCACAUGCUGCACGACCCUCCGCUGACUUCACACAAGCAGCAGCUGCAGCUGCCGUGGCUGCCGCUGCAGCCACUGCCACAGCUACAGCCACAGCCACCGUGGCUGCCCUGCAAGAGAAGCAGAGCCAGGAGCUGAGCCAAUAUGGAGCGAUGGGGACUGGACAGUCUUUUAACAACCAGUUUCUGCAGCAUGGAGGUCCCCGGGGGCCCAGCGUCCCCCCUGGCAUGAACCCUACUGGCAUGGGAGGGAUGAUGGGCCCCUCUGGCCUCUCCCCCAUGGCCAUGAACCCCACUCGGGCAGGAGGCAUGACGCCCUUGUAUGCAGGGCAGCGCCUACCCCAGCAUGGGUACCCUGGUCCUCCCCAGGCCCAGCCGCUGCCCCGACAAGGGGUCAAGAGAGCAUACUCUGAGGUGUAUCCAGGGCAACAGUACCUACAAGGAGGCCAGUACGCGCCCAGCACUGCCCAGUAUGCGCCCGGCCCCGGGCAACCCCCUGCCCCUUCCCCCUCUUACCCUGGGCACAGACUACCCCUGCAGCAGGGCAUGGGCCAGUCCCUGUCUGCACCAGGCCCUGCAGGACUGCACUACAAGCCUGCAGAACAGUUCAACGGGCAGGGCACCAGCUUCAACGGGGGCAGCGUCAGCUACAGCCAGCCUGGCCUGAGUGGGCCUGCCCGUUCCAUCCCUGGCUACCCCAGCUCCCCACUGCCAGGCAAUCCCACACCACCCAUGACGCCCAGCAGCAGUGUCCCAUACAUGUCCCCAAGCCAGGAGGUCAAGUCUCCCUUCCUGCCUGACCUCAAACCAGGUCUCAGCUCCUUGCACCCAUCGCCCUCUGGUAAUGGUCCUUGUGAUGAGCUGCGGCUGACCUUCCCUGUAAGGGAUGGGGUAGUCCUGGAGCCCUUCCGCCUGCAGCACAACCUGGCUGUGAGCAACCACGUCUUCCAGCUUCGAGACUCAGUCUACAAGACUUUGAUGCUGAGGCCUGACCUGGAGCUGCAGUUCAAGUGCUACCACCAUGAAGACCGGCAAAUGAACACCAACUGGCCAGCCUCCGUGCAGGUCAGCGUCAAUGCCACACCCCUCACCAUCGAGCGUGGAGAUAACAAGACCUCACACAAGCCCCUCUACCUGAAACACGUGUGCCAGCCUGGCCGCAACACCAUCCAGAUCACCGUCACCGCCUGUUGCUGCUCCCACCUCUUCGUGCUACAGCUGGUGCAUCGUCCAUCUGUCCGCUCCGUACUGCAGGGCCUACUCAAGAAGCGCCUCCUGCCUGCUGAGCACUGCAUCACCAAGAUAAAGCGGAACUUCAGCAGUGGCACUAUCCCUGGCACCCCUGGGCCCAACGGAGAGGAUGGGGUGGAACAGACAGCUAUCAAGGUGUCCCUGAAGUGCCCCAUCACCUUCCGCAGAAUCCAGCUCCCUACCCGUGGUCAUGACUGUCGCCACAUACAGUGCUUUGACCUGGAGUCAUACCUACAGCUCAACUGUGAGCGAGGGACCUGGAGGUGCCCCGUAUGCAACAAGACAGCAUUGCUGGAGGGCCUGGAGGUGGACCAGUACAUGCUGGGCAUCCUGAUAUACAUUCAGAACUCUGACUAUGAGGAGAUCACCAUCGACCCCACAUGCAGCUGGAAGCCAGUGCCUGUGAAACCUGAUGUGCACAUCAAGGAGGAGCCAGAUGGGCCGGUGCUGAAGCGCUGCCGCACCAUGAGCCCUGCCCAUGUGCUCAUGCCCAGCGUGAUGGAGAUGAUUGCAGCCCUGGGCCCCGGUGCUGCUCCUUUCACCCCCUUGCAGCCCCCUUCAGCCCCUGCCUCCAGCGACUACCCUGGCCAGGGUUCCAGCUUCUUGGGGCCUGGACCCUUCCCGGAGUCUUUCCCACCCCCCACCCCCAGCACCCCAAGCCUUCCUGAAUUCACCCCGGGGCCACCUCCCAUCUCCUACCAGUCUGACAUUCCCAGCAGUCUCCUGACUCCAGAGAAGUCUGCUCCCUGCCUCCCAGGCCAGAUGGCACCAGUGGGCCACUUGGACCCAGCCCAUAAUCCUGGGCCACCAGGGCUACACACCUCCAACCUUGGGGCACCCCCAGGUCCCCAACUGCACCAUCCAAACCCUCCCCCAGCAUCCCGGCAGCCCCUGGGUCAAGCAAGCUCAGGGUCUGUUGGUGAGCUGGCCUUCAAUCCUGCCACAGGCGUGAUGGGGCCCCCCAGCAUGUCUGGGGCAGGGGAGGCCCCAGAACCAGCACUGGAUCUGCUCCCAGAACUGACCAACCCUGAUGAGCUGCUGUCCUACCUGGGCCCACCUGACCUCCCCACAAACAGCAAUGAUGACCUGCUCUCUCUCUUUGAGAACAACUGAUCCUGUGUUAACCCCUGGCCUAGCAGGGACACACUCAGAGACAUCACCACAGCCUGCCCUCCUCUCCAAGCCCCACAGAACACCUGGCACUCUUCCCCAAAAUUCCUCAUCAGAUGUCCAGAACCAGGGUCUGCCACUGUUGUCCCCAGCCCUGAACUGUAGAAGCAGCCUGUGCUCUAAUGGAGGGGCCCCUAGACCACCAUCACCCUCCCUCCACCAGGCUCACUGCUACAGAAUGGUUUUUGCUGAGGUGCCCUGUCCACCCACUGCACACACACCCUGUGCCCCUAAUCUCACAGCCUUGCAUCUUGUCCUUCCACCCUUGCCUGCUCCCACCCAGCCUGCAUCUCGUCAAGCAUUGACCCUUCUGUUUCCACUCCUUUUUGGGAGAAGAGUCGGGUGUGCAAUUUGGCUGACUCUGUGUCCUUGGCCUGCAGCUCCAGUGGCCUGUGCCCUGCAGCCCCUGCUCUCAGAACCAAGCAGAAUGCAUAGUUCAGGGGCCUAGAGCUCUUGCCCAGCCAGCAUUGUGUGGUGUGGGGUUCCUCCCUCCACCCUAAGCUUCAGGCAGAGGCUGGGGGUGGGGGAGCUAUAAAGCACAACAAUGUACAUAGUGUAGAAACACUAACAGCUGAGAAAGGGAGGGGAAAGCUAUUUAAAUCAGCAUGUUCCUCUGUUGUACAGCCAGCCCAGGCUUCCCUGUGCUUUCUGCCCUUCCCGUGUGCAGACAGCUGGGGGAGGGACAGUGCAGUGGGAGGAGACUGAGCUUUGGCUGGCUCAGGGUGGGCUCGCAGACUCAGCUCUGUGUGAUAUUUCUCCAGUGGGCUGCUCUCCCAAGUUCCCCUUUUCUGUGAAAGUGAAGAAUUAGUACAGCUGUGUUUUUUAAAACCACCUCUCCAUCUCCACCCUGUGGGCCCACACCCAGGUGGGGAGGAGGAAGCCGCUGCAUCUGCUGGCUUGGGGCCUGCGUGUGCAAUCAGGGCUCCUGACCCUGUCCUGUCUCCUGUCUUCAAUCUCUAUUAAAGGACUCCCUCUUG